UCAACUUGAAAUUUUUGUGUAAAUGAAAUGUCAAAAUGGGAGUGAAAACUCAGGAAAACAAUGUGAAAUUAUCGUUUUUUAUUGUGUGAAAAUGAAAAAGAUGUGUGUUAUAACCAUAUAAUACUAAUAUCGACAUGUUUACCAAGAAAUCUCACCAAGAUGUUAAAAAAUCAACGGUUAAAAUACAAGAUUCUAAAAAGGAUUCUGCGACUCGUCUAAAACAUCUAAAAAUCGUCCUAGAGCAUUUUGACGCAGAUGAAGCCAAAACAUAUUUCGAGAACAACUUUAGCCAUGUUUACUUCAUAUUGUAUGACAACUUUAUUCAAGCAGAAAACAACCUGCGCCAAAGAGAACUACCCUUCCAUCUUGUGCACAAGGCUGGCAGAGAAGAGUUAGAGGGAGCUUUAUCCCUACUAGAAAAAGUAUUAUGUCUUCUGCCGGAGUUGAUCGGGAAACGAUGGCAGUUGCAUUCGCUGACGAGAAUAUUUUCAAAACUCCUCCAUAGUUGGAAUUCACAAAAAUUAAGAGCAGAGGCUAUAAGAUAUUUCCUGUUAUGGUAUCAAGCACUAGGAGACAAUGCGCCUAUCGAAGUACAUCGGAUGUUUGCUUCCCUCGUUCCGGGGUUACCUGAGCCGUGCAUACAGCCGUCAGGGUCCCCGCUUAAAGCCAAGCCCUUUGACGUGGCCGCAAAUGUUUCACACGAGUCAGGCGACUUCAGUAUGGAAGACAUAUUGCAACACCCAAAUUUUAGCUCAGCAGCGGACAAUGCGAAAAAGGUCGUCGUAGAACAAACAUCCACUGGCAUAAUCGGCAAGAUCGCAAACGUCUCGGCGUCAAUAUUCCACGACACAAAUGCGCUUAACCCCGUACAAACGGUUGAGAUCCAACCUUUACUGCCCGCGAGUACUAACGAGAGAGCAGUCGACAAUGAAACCAAAUAUUUCUUCGAGAUCCUCCUCGAUGGCAUGGCGACGUCGAUCACUAAAAUCCAAUGGAGGGAUCGCUCUCACACCAAGGCCAUGAGAUGUUUCGCGUUUCUGCUGGAAAAGUUCAAGUUAUAUUACUUGCCCGUAAUUUGUCCUCAGUUCAAUCACAAAAAUUCUCUUUACAAACCCAAUCUUGAACUGCCAGUGCAGCACAACAUCUUAGAAGACGACUUCGUGAUCUGCCGCGUGACGCUCAUUAAAUGGAUUGCUAGCUACGCGCAUUUCAUGAAGAAGCAGGGCAGCGAUGGCGGCCAGCCGUCCUCCAUGACCAGUACGGGCUCGCACGCGCCGCACUCGGGCACGCCGACACCGGCCGCGUCACUGCAUCAUGAGGAGGAGACCUCUUUCACUGUGGGACACCCGUCGGAUUCUAGCAGGGCCUCGUCGCAUGACUCAGCUUCUAACACGCCGCAUCCCAGUUUAGAGUCAGCAGCGUCAGGCAUGUACGAAGAACUGAGCUCAGAGCUGGUGGUGCGCGACGUGCUGUGCGGCGCGUCGCGCGAGCACGUGGACUUCACCAUCGAGGUGCUGCGCCAGGCCUUCCUGCUGCCCUUCGCGCACGCCGCCGCCGUCCGGCGCGUCAUCGCGCUCUACAAGGACUGGAUACAGAUGAACGUGGCAGAAAUCCCGCCGUUCCUCAUGGAGACUACAUACGAGCAGCCGGCGGGCGAGCCGCUAGCGCCGCCGCGGCGCCUGCGCAACGACUCCUACCUGGGCGCCGUGGGCCGCGACAACGUCAUGGUGCGAGCCGGCCUGCAGAACGUUCUGCAAGUGUUCAUGACGCAAGCGGCGAACGUGUUCCUGGCGGCGCCGUCGCCGGUGGCGCCGCCGGGCGCGCUGAGCCAGCAGCAGCUGCUGGACGAGCAGACCGACACCUGCAAGCGCGUGCUCAACAUCUACCGCUACAUGGUCAUGCAUGUUGCUAUGGACGCCAACUCAUGGGAACAACUGUUACUGGUUCUUCUGCAAAUAACAUCGCUUGUCUUAACGAAAGUACCACCAAAGCGGAAACAAGAAUCAUUAGGUGGGUUCCUCGCACCAGCGUUGUUCCAGACUCUGAUAGUGACGUGGAUCAAGGCGAACCUGAACGUGGCCGUCAAACCGGAGCUGUGGCAAAACUUCAUGGAGCUACUGUCCCGGCUCACCCACUGGGAAGACCUGAUCAAAGAGUGGGCGAAAACAAUGGAGACGCUCACGCGAGUAUUGGCGAGACACGUGUAUUCCCUCGACUUGUCCGAGACGAGUGCGGCAGACUCGCGGUCACGUGCGCGUCGUGCUACCCCCGCCCCGCAACCCGCGCCUCACCCCCGCCCGCCGAGAGGGCGAGCUAUUGCACCGGCUGAUGCCAGGACGCCGGGCAAGUCCCCUAAGGUGGGCCAUGAAUCGCAGCAACGCAAAGAGACGGGCAGCACGCGGCGACAGCUGGCUCGCGCGAGAAGCGACCCGCACCUUGGGAAACACGCUGCUGCGCUCUCCAACGAAGAAACCAAAGAACCUAACAAUAAGCCAAGAAGAUGGUACUCAUUGGACUCACUGAGGCAUUCGGUUCAAAAUGAGGAGCGUGAUUCAGCCAGUGGAUCUCGGUCUCCUUCGCCAGCGCCCUCUAGCGGAGUGGAAAGCAGUUCAAUCAAAGAUUCUCCAUUACAAAUUGAUUUGGCAUCCGAUGGUGGCAAUGUCGAAUGGUCGGAGAACGACUCAGGCAGCGGGGGCGGGUCGGGCUUCGCGGGUGUAGAACUCGCUCGCGGCGGCGGCGGCGGCGAAGGCGUCGGCGUGGUACUGGGCGGCACCGCGCGCGGCUGGCUGCCCGACGUCGCUGCUGUGCUAUGGCGCCGCAUGCUGGCCGCGCUGGGCGACCCCAACCAGCUGCGCGACCCGCAUGCGCACGCGCAUCUAUACAACUACCUCAUACAUCUCAACUCCACGCUGCUCAAGAUAAGCGCAAACCAAACCCUAAAUGGAAAUACGGAGAUCCAUGUGCCGUUUAAUCUCGUGGCGGGAUGGUGUCUAGAAGCCGAGGCCUUGCCGCCUUCGCACAGGGCCGGCAAACUUCUUGCACUACGGCUGCUGUGCGAGUCGACGCAAGCGCAGGGCCCGGGUGCGCCGUCCUCGUGCAACAACCGCCUACACCUUGCGCACCUCAACCUUUACCAGCGGGCACUGCACCAUG